UUUAGUGUCUGCCGUCUCAUGGUGAAGCUGAGCCCGGAGUGGAACAUGAAGCGGGUUGUCCUGUUGUGCCUGCUCAUAUUUUUCAGACGCCUUUAUGGUCUUGGCACAGACACAUACAAUGAAACAUCUGAGCAGAUGACCACCAGCAGCACAGCUACAAGCUUCAUAAGCCAAAACGUCCACCAUGAAAACGAGAGUCACGGUGGACCACGAGGUCUCACGCCCGUUAAAGAAGGACCUCAACUUACAAAAAGCAAGACGGCGGAGUUCAAGAUAUUAUAUGUAACCAACCGCAGCGCUGACUUCAUAGAGCACGGCCAGGCGAUGAAGGAAACAGCCGAUAUUUACGCCCCCCCCGGCCCCUCUCAGGACACCAAGGAUCAUAAUGCAUUUAGGGGGAAAAGUCUUUUAAGCAAAAUUCCAGAUCAGACCUACAACAGGAGAGGAGUGACCAGUUUUAAGACCUCGAGACCCAGGAACUGGUGUGCUUACGUACACACGCGGUUAUCUCCCACAGUGGUUGCUGAUUCCAUAGCUUCUUUAUUUCCGAUUGCCACUGAUCCAUGUUAUCUGAGACAAGACGGUUGCCGCGAGAGGUACCAGGCAGCGAGUCGUCCGAUCUACAGAAUGAGGAACCAGAUCGUGACGUCUCUGGAGUGGAAGUGCUGCCCCGAAUACCAGGGCCCGCAGUGCCAGCCAAGCCCAACAGAUACGCCGACCCAACCUGAGCAGGCGGAUGAGGCUGGAGGCCAGUCCCUGAAUGACCUUGUUAAAGAAACAGCUCUGGGGGACAGGAAACAGAUGACCGUGAUAAACAAAGAAAUGGCUGAUGUGAAACAUCAAGGCGAAAAAAUGCUCACGCUUCAGAAACCAAUGGUAGGUAUGAGCACAGAGAUGGACAGUAUGAAGAAGACACCUUCCGCAUUUCAGCAAACAGCGAGACCAGGAGAAGAACAUGAUGUGUCACCGAUCACCAUGGAAACCCUGAAAUCCGAAGCAAUGCAAGAAAUGUUCAAAGAGAUUGUCCAGGAACAGAUCCAAGCAUAUGAGAGUGCAAUGCAAAAAAGCACUGCAAAUAUUUUUAAAACCAUGUCACGUCUUUCACUGGAUCUUAUGGCCACAAAAGCAAACCUGGAGCAAAUAAAUGAAGCAAUAACUAAAUUACUAUCUGCCCACAAAAUCGGUGAGGAAAGGAACAAAAAGAUUGCUAAUGAAAUUGACAGUCUUAGAGAUCAAAUAUCUUCAAUGGAGUACGAUGCUGUCAAUUGCACAAAAGAAACCAAAAAGAUGUUUGACAAAUGUACUUCCCUUGAGGAUCAACUUCAUCUCGAAAAGCAAAAAAGAAUUUUUCUCUUCAACAGCCUAAAUUAUACACUUUCUCAGGUUAAAGAGAUCCAGAGCAAUAGCCUUAUAAGAGAUUCAGCAGUAUCUGAAAGCCAGUGGGACAAUAAUUCCUGGACUCAGCCUACGUCCAUCUUGGGUGAUGUUGUGAGGAACCAAACCUUGUCAAUUGUGCAGUUGCAGCAGGAACUCCAGAGACAAGAGAUGAGGAUUGAAAACAUUACAUCUAUGGUUGGGCAGCAGAAACAUCACGUUGAUGCCACCUUUGAAACUCUGACAGUGCAACGCAAGCAAGACAUGGGAGAGCUGGUCAGUCAUAUCAGAUUGAUCAACCAGACUCUGUGGGACAGGGUUAGACCCAUAGAUGUGGCAGUAAAUGCCAUAGAGGAGAAGGUCGGUCAAAUGUCCAAUGACCUGAAGGAGCUUGUGCCACUCACCGAGAAGCUAAAUCUGACAUGGGCUGCACAGAAUGACAACAAUGAAGUAACACCCAUCGCGAAGCAGCUGGAGGACUUGACUGCUGCAGUCACUGUCUUGAACAUGACUGUUACGAACUUGGAAAAGAUGCAAGACGAGAUGAGGAACCAGUCACAAGAGACAGAGGAAGAGGUGAAAGAGAAAUUGAAAGGCUGCCAGGAUGGAAUUGAGGAUGCACUCAACGACACCAUGACAGUUAUCAAUAGUGCCAUUGACUCCGUUAAAGAUGAUUACUACAUUUUGCAGGGUAACAUUGAAAACGCAAACGACAGACUGAGCAAGAUUCAUGAGGAUUUCACUGAAAAAUUCCAAAGUUUAUUGGAUUUACAAGUUGACAUCGAUUCUUUGAAUACUUCUGUCCUUUCCAUGCAAAUACAAAUGGAGAAGUCUGACGCUGCUUCAAAUGUCUCCAAUAUGUUUUUAUAUCCUGCCUUAAAGGGUGAUGAAAGUAACAAGGCAGAAAAUCUCACUCAUCUAUCCCAUAAAUUGCAUGAUGUAUUUUCCAAGCUUGAAAACCACCAAACAGCCAUUAGUCAUCUGCAAAAGGCUAAUUCCUCCAUUGAGUUUGGAGAAUGCAGGAUGCGUCUGAGGAGCCUUGAAGUCAUGAUGAAUGCUCUGGGCAGCAACAUAACCUCAGUUAUGAAACCAAAGAAGAAACCAGCACUGGAGCCUGGUCUGGCCUGGAAAUACAAAGAUCUGAGUAAACAAGUGCAAGACCUUGAUACCAAGACCUUCAACCUGAGCCAUGAAGUUUUGUGGCUAAAAGGGAGUACUUCACAAGCAUGGCUGACCUGCAGAAAUGUGUCUGCCGCUUUGGACUUGAUGCACAUUUACAUUCCUCAGAUUUUUCAAGAGCACAUUAACCUCAGUCUUCUUCACCGCAGCUUAAGCGAGGUCUUACAUCCUGAGAGCCAGGAUCUGAAUAAUUCUGCCCUUGGGUCCAAUCCCACAGCUUUUUUAACCUCCACACUGACCUACAUUCUCCAGAAUAUUUCUCUGCUUCAAAGGCAUGCCCAGGAGUUGGACAGAAGGAUGGAGACUAUAUUUGUACCAAAUUCUACAGUUUCAUUGGGAAGGAAUCAGCAGGACACUGAUACCACUCUCAGUCAGGCAGAAGCCACCGGGUGCCACAGUACCCGCUGUCAGAAUGGAGGCACGUGCAUUGAAGUGCAGGCCGGCUCCGUUUGUGCCUGUCGAUUCCCAUUCAGUGGCAUGGACUGCACCCUGAAACUGGCGGACAGUGAAGCCCCUGCCCCAGAUUUCUCUAAAGGCUCCUACCGCUACACCCCAAUGGUCACUUUCUUCGCCGCACACACUUACGCCAUGACUUCUCCUGGUCAAAUCCGGUUCAACCACCUGUAUGUGAACUACGGCACGUCCUUCUCACCUGGCAGUGGCAUGUUUGCUAUCCCUUACCUGGGGGUCUACGUCUUCAAGUACACGGUCGAGUCCAGUGGUCCAGACCUCUCGGGGUACCUGGUGGUUGAUGAGGAGGACAAACUGUCAUUCCGAGCACAGUGUUCCAGUGCAGGCAGCUGUGUCACCACUGGAGACGCUGUCCUGGAACUCAAUUUAGGUCAGAGGGUUUGGUUAAAGCUGGAGACCGGGAGCAUCCCGGCCAGGUAUCCUCCAGUCACAACAUUUGGGGGCUAUUUACUGUACCGUACCUAAGGAUUUCCAUAGUCCGCACAAUAUACUGCUGCUUCUUGAGUUUUUGCAAAGCCUGUCAUUUUGCUGCUGCACAUAAUGAUUUGCUUGAUAAUUACUAAAAUAGCUUUAGCUGUUUUGCAUUUGUGUGCUCAAGUUCUAGUACUGUCUCCUGUUUUAAUGAAAGCCAUGCUUCUCUGGGGUGGCAAGAAGAACUACGAGUAUGUGUGAGUUACAAAGCAAACCUCGGAAGGUGAAAGGGCUAGACCAGCAUUUUGUUUUGCUGUGGGUCCCUCAGGAUGCCAUCGCUGAAUCUCUUGUUAGACUCGUCAGUUUGAUCACCGUAGCCUCUUCACUUGGCGCAAUAUCUGUUUCCCAAGAACACUUCUUAGGACCAUUGUAAUUUUGGAUUUUAUUUUUUAAUUCAAUUUGCUACAGUUAAAUGGUCAGGGUGUACAGCUCUGUAGUUGCUAUUGACUCGCCCUGCCAGACCCUCUCGUAACAUCAGGAACGCAUGAAGGCUCAUCCUACGCAGUCACUUGUUUUUGUCAUGUUUCUCCGUUUUCGCAUUUACUGGUUAUGCGCUGUGCUUCUCGGGAAAAUGGAAACGUCAUGAUGUAAGAGGCCAUAAGAUCACCACUGGCUCCCAAACAGAUGAUUUUUAAAAAGUGUGUAAAAUGUCUGGUAACAUGACAAAAGUAAAAGCAAUGGAUGCAAAAUACUGUGGGAAGACAAAAAAAAAACUCAAAGAACGAUGAUGGCAAUUUAGUACAGCGACAUAUAAAAAUCUUGUUAUAAAUCUCAUGCUGAUGAUGAUUCUUGGUAAGUGAUUUAACACAUUGGAUAGGCAUACUGCCAUACCUUUAUUCAGAAAAUAUUCUGAUUUUAAGAAAAAUGUUUGCACAAAUAAGGAGCUUAUGAAAAAGCUUAACAUUACUUAGUACAACAUAUAUAGUAUAACAUCUCACCAUCACAUCUAUGAAAUAUUUAUUUGAUAGCUUUUAAUUAAUUAUGACAUAAUUGUUAUGAUUCCACUCUGUUUGUGUGUGUGUGUGUGUGGGGGGGGGGGGGUUG